GGCGGAAGAGUUGCCCGGCCGUGAGUCACCAGUGCUGCAGCAACGAGUUGUGUCUGGUCUCAGACUGGACAAGAAGCUGCUCCUACAGGGUCAGUGGGUGGGGGACUGAGAGAGCUGCUGUGGAAACGGAGGUGCUGAGGUUGGCCUCGGCUCUUCCUGCAGUGGCCGUGGACACAACGCUGUGUGUGGAGUGGAAGGAGGUGAAGGCGCUGUCACCCCUGAGCGUUGCCCGCCCGCUGCCCCGGCUGGUGCGCCAGGCCUCCUUCGACAGCCAGGACUUCCUCCAGGUCAAUGUUGAGGACACUGUCGAAAUGCUGCCCAAGUCACGGCGCGCGCUGACCAUCCAGGAGAUCGCUGCCCUGGCCCGCUCCUCGCUGCACGGCAUCUCACAGGUGGUGAAGGAGCACGUGACAAAGCCAACAGCCAUGGCCCAGGGCCGUGUCGCCCACCUCAUCGAGUGGAAGGGCUGGUGUAAGCCAGUGGAGUCACCUUCUGCCCUGGAGAGCGCCUUCAGCUCCUACUGCCACCUGAGCGAGGGCGAGCAAGAGGCACGAUUCGCUGCUGGUGUGGCAGAGCAGUUUGCCAUCGCUGAGGCCAAGCUGCGAGCCUGGUCCUCCGUGGAUGGGGACGACUCCAAUGACGAGUCCUACGAUGAGGACUUCAUGCCCUCCACAGAGAGCUCCCAGCCCACCGAGCUGGCAGGCACCAUGCCCGCCAGCGUGCUGCUGCGAGACCUGCUGCAGGGCCACCUGUGCCAACUGGGCAUGCGGCACGGCUCCUGCGAGCCCGAGAGCGACUCCUCGCACACCCUCUCCCCUGAGACUCUCUGCUCCAGCCUCUGCAGCCUGGAGAUGGUGUCCCCCUCCGAACUCACUGCCAAACUGCUGGGCUCCCUGGGGGGCGAGGACCUGCUGCUGCCCAAGCUGCCUCCCCCAGCCAGCCAAAGUGCCUUGCGGGGCCUGGCACGGCUCCGGUGCCAGGACUCCCUCUACUCCGUGUCCUACGCCGAAGCCUGUCUCUCGCCCACGGAGGACGAGGUGGUGCUGAGCAAGGACUUCCCGCUCCGCCGGAAAAUCUCUGACGUCGCCUCCUCCGGGGUGGCAUCGCUGGAGGAGGAGGAGGAGGCCGAAGAGCCCUGAUGGCUCCUGGGGUGCCCUGCCCCUCCUGGUGGGGGUCCAGGCCCCCUGCCGAAGCCCUCUGGCCAGACCCCACGCUGGGUGAGGGACAGGCCCUGCCGCUGCUCCCCCUCGCUAUCCGGGUGCAGGAGGGGUCUGGAGGCCACUGCAGCCCCCCCAGCCAGUGUGCCCCCACCGUGCCCCGCCCUGCUUGGCCACAUCGUUGCCCUCCUGGAUUUUUGCAUGAGAGCAGGGAAGGGGCGCAGGGAAGGGCUUGGGGGCGGGGUCUGUCCUCUGCCCUGAUGCUCAGAUGUGCCCCCAAAAACUGACAGGACUAACUAAGUGGGGCUGGUUGUUCGCAUGUUGUCCUCCAAACCACCCUGGGCUCCCCUUUUGGGCACAGUUCCCUCUCCCCCAGUGGCAUGGCUGAAACUCUCCAAUCAUCCUGUGGCGCCUCUACCACCCCUAGCCAGGGUGGUGGUGGGGUUUCAGUGUGGGAAGGGCUUUUCUCCUCUCUCCUUGGCCAACUUUUAUUGGACCGAGUUUAAAACUGUGAACUGCUGCCUUGGAGCGUGGAGCUGCUGGAGGGCUGCUGUGGGGGUGCCAGGGGUGCUGGGGGGCUGUGGAUGUGCUGCGGUGCUGGGACUUUCUAUAGUUUUGUACAUGCAUGGGACUGACACAGGAAGGCUGCAGGGCCAGGUGGGCGCAGGCCCCCAGGCUGGGGGCUUUGGGCCACCAGGAGAGCAGCCCCAGUCCAGCCCUGCAGCAAGGGGGACAGCCCAGCCAGGGGGUCCCCAAGUCUGCUGUGAGGCAAUGCAGGGUGGAGAGAGGGGGUAGGACGUGGGACCAGUGUCCCUGUCGACAAAUCACUCACCCCUAGCAGGGAACCAAGUGCCUACAAGAAGGGCAACCAGCCCCCCCGUCCUGGCUGGGGGUGGCACCCCCAGGGGACCCCCCAGUCCCACGUGAGGGGUUCCAGGCGCGUAGUUUGGGGGAGGAAUGCCGGUUUUUGCCAACGCUUGCGCACCCCUUCCCGCAUGGCAUGUGUUCUCGUGGGGCCACUCUCCCCCUGCAUGCUGCUCCUCACCCAGCCCUGUCACUGUUCCCUGUCCCCGCACCCCGGGAUGCCCCCUAGCACCCACUGCACCUCUGCUCCCC